AUAAUCUCAUUCUUCGACUUGCUCACAAACUCUAAUUUUCCAAAUUCACUACUAGCUUUCUUUGGUUUUUAAUUUUCAAUUAAUUAAUUAAGUUAAUUAAGAGAAUGCAUUAUCAGGCUGCUGAGUACUCGUGGGGUUACUAUAUGCCUGCGGUGAGGAGCAUGGCGUCCGACCCAUUAGAGCGGGUGUUGAGGGUGGCGUCGGAGAGCGCGGUGGUGAUAUUCAGCGUCAGUAGCUGCUGCAUGUGCCACGCGGUGAAGAGGCUCUUCUGUGGGAUGGGCGUGAAUCCAACGGUGUUCGAGCUGGACCAGGAUCCCAGAGGCAAAGAGAUUGAGAGGGCGUUGAUGAGGCUGCUUGGGAACUCUCCCGGCACUGUGCCGGUGGUUUUCAUCGGGGGGAAGCUAAUUGGUGCCAUGGACCGAGUCAUGGCGUCCCACAUUAACGGGACCCUUGUCCCGCUUCUCAAGGAGGCUGGAGCCCUGUGGCUCUGAUCAGCGUCGCCGUCGCACAACAAAUUAGCGUGUUAAUUUUAUACGCGAAGGAAUGAAGGGAGGGGAAGGAGCACUGCGUUUCAUUUUAGUGUGUUUGAUUUUAAUUUUCCUGGCCUUCUCUAAUCUUUGAUAUAAAAGCUGAGCUACUUUUGAGGUUUCUAACUUGUGUACGUAAUGAAUGUUAAAUGGAGCAAUGUAUUUGAAUCUC